UGCGCGGCCGAGGCCCACACGGGCUGUGCGUCGGAGUCCGCGGCCAGCGUAGGGAUUCUGGGUAACGGCCUUGGCCUGCUGCAGCGGUACGAUCCGCUCGGCAGGUUCCACUGCCGCCGACGCCGUUAGCAGCGGCGGUUGUAGGCGGGGAGGCAGCCAGAUAUGGAGCAGCCGUGGCCGCCACCGGGACUCUGGAGCCUCCCCCGCUCCGAGGGUGAGGCCGAGGAGGAGAGUGACUUGGACGUGUCCCCCGGGUCCCCCCGGUGCUCGCAACUGCCGGGCGGCGGCGCCCAGAUAUACAGCCAUGGGAUUGAACUGGCUUGCCAAAAGCAGAAAGAGUUUGUAAAGAAUACUCUGGCGUGCAAAUGGAAUCUCGCUGAAGCGCAGCAGAAACUUGGUAGCUUAGCGCUGCAUAACUCUGAGUCCUUGGAUCAGGAACAUGCCAAAGCACAAACAGCAGUAUCAGAACUGAGGCAACGGGAAGAAGAAUGGCGACAGAAAGAAGAGGCUCUAGUGCAGAGAGAGAGAAUGUGUCUGUGGAACACGGAUGCCAUUAGCAAGGAUGUUUUUAAUAAGAGUUUUAUUAAUCAAGAUAAAAGAAAAGAAACAGAAGAUGAAGAUAAAUCAAAAUCAUUUAUGCAGAAAUAUGAACAAAAAAUCAGACAUUUUGGUAUGUUGAGCCGAUGGGAUGAUAGUCAGAGGUUCUUGUCUGAUCAUCCCUACCUUGUAUGUGAAGAAACUGCCCAGUAUCUUAUUUUAUGGUGUUUUCAUCUAGAAGCUGAACAGAAAGGGGCUCUAAUGGAACAAAUAGCACAUCAAGCUGUUGUCAUGCAGUUUAUUAUGGAAAUGGCCAAAAACUGUAAUGUGGAUCCAAGAGGGUGUUUUCGUUUAUUUUUCCAGAAAGCCAAAGCAGAAGAAGAAGGUUAUUUUGAAGCAUUCAAAAAUGAACUUGAAGCUUUCAAGUCAAGAGUAAGACUUUGUUCUCAGUCACAGAGUUUUCAGCCUAUGACGGUUCAGAAUCAUGUUCUCCAAUCUGGUGUUGGAUCUAUAGGUUUAUUAGAAUCCUUACCACAGGUAAGUUGGAAAAGAAAAUAUUUGUCUUAUAAAUGUAUUAGUUCAUGUAAUUUUCCUUGUUUUGGACCACUGUUCCUUCUUAUAUGUAAUAUAUGCAUGACCGUUUUAAAUAUUCUUGCCCCAGAAGAUAACCCUGAGUAUCCUUCCAUGCCUUGUUUUGGCAUUGUAUCUCCUCCAUCUCUUGGAUGUUUAGAGAGACACCAACUUCCACCUCCUUUUAGUAUAGGAGAGAUGAGUUGUACCUCAACAUUCUGAAGGGCACGUGUUACCUAUGGAUCAUCUCAAUCAUCAACUCCUCAAGAUGGCUUCUGAAUGCUUCUCAUUCUGAGCAGAACUACAUAAAUCCUUAUUAAUUUAUUAGGAUGAAUUAUUUUCAAUGCAUACAUCCAAGUGGCAAACGAGGCACAGUCGUCCCUCAGUAUCCACGGGGGAUUGGUUUCAGGACCCCCUCGCAGAUAACCAAAAUCCACAGAUGCUAAGGUCUGUUACAUAAAAUGGCAUAGUAUUUACAUACAACCUGCACACAUCUUCCCAUAUACUUGAAAUCAUCUCUAGAUUACUUAUAAUACCUAACACAAUGUAGAUGCUAUGUAAAUAGUUGUUAAUGCUUACACUUAACACUUAAUGCUUUCUCAGUCUUUGCAAGCACUUAUCACAAACCAGAGAGACUUUUUUGCCAAUGUAGGGGCAGCACUAACACUUCCAUGAAUUUCAGCUUGUUUCUGCUUUGUUGUGUGAACGCUCAUUUUGCUCUUACCAACCCUACAGCCCACUUCAGCAAGCAACAUGCCACUUUUCAAAAGAUCUAAGAUUUUUAUUUUCUCAUGGAGAGCUAGCAGUUUAUGCUCCCUCUUAGCCUUUGAGGGAUUGCUUUGACCACUUCAUUGCUUUUUAGGAGCCAUUUUUUCAUAGAAACAAAGGGUGCACACAACACAAUUAGCAAACAAACGAGACGCUAGGCGAACAGUGCUCAAACAACAAGUGCUGCAGAGAGACUGAGGAUCUGUGAAAUGGCGGGAGGCUACAGUAGGGUAUGCCUACCCGUCACUUCAUUCACGUGGAUUCAGUGUAGUGCUCAGCGCGUGGCAAAUUCAAGUUUUGCUUUUUGGAACUUUCUUUUUUUUUCCCGAAUAUUUUCCAUCUGCAGUUGGUUGAAUCUGCUGAGGUGGAACCCGCAGAUACAGAAGACCAGCUGUAAUUUGUUGCGUGAAGUUAUUGUUAUCCCUUUAAAUGUUUGUGGUGCCUAACAGAUCCAACAUUGUUAGUACACGUUAAUGUAGCUGAUGCUAAGCUGCCAACUGUUUGAGCCUCUUCAAAGUCAUCUAUUAGAUCAAGAUAAAACAAUGUCACCAGCAUCAAAGAAUGUCAGAAAGAAGAGGAGGUUAGAACACUGGUCUGUCUUAUACUACUUAGGACUGCAAUUUUAGGUCAUCAUUAGAUUUUACUAGAAGCAUUUCAUAGAGCCCAGUCAUCUCUCUAGGCCCCAAGAUUUUAAGACCACCUUUAGCCUGAUGGUGCAGUGGUUAAGAGCUACAGUUGCUAACCAGAAGGUUUGCAGUUCGAAUCCACCAGCCACUCCUGUAGGGUCGCUGUGAGUCAGAAUCAACUGGACAGCAACGAGUUUUUUUAUUUUUCAGCCAGUUUAUUCUGUUGCCUUCACAGUGAGAAGGGAAGUGUCACUCAGAAGACAAUGUGAGGAGAGCACUGUGUGUAUUUUUAAACCUCUUAAAGUGGUAGAACUUGAGAGAUUUUCAGCAUCUUAACCUUAUGUUACUAUAAUUUUACCAGUCCAGUGUAGGCCAGGGGAACAGUUUAAGGAAAACAAUUGAUCAUAUCUAACUUAGACUAGAAUAUUAUUCUCAAGGGUGGAAAUAAUUAAUAAAGGUCUGAUUUUUAAAUAAUUGGUAAUGCUACCCCCUUAGUGUAAGCAGUAAUCUCCCUAGAUUUGUCCUACAGAUUAUCUCAAUGUUAUUUCAAUGAUUUUGAGAAAUAGCCACAGGGAAGUAGAUUUUCCAAGUGAAUUUUAUGACUAAGUCACUUUCAAGUCCAGUAUAUAAACCUCCUAAAAUUAAGAUGUUACUUAAUGGAUGCAAAGGAAAGAAGAGAUUUUGAAAGAUGCCAUUGACAUUGGACUCAGGAGGGGGAAAAAUACACAUUAAAAUAUCGUAAGAGGCCUGUCUUACCAAGACAUUGUUUCUGGUUUGAGAAGUAUGUUCUUACCAUGUAUUUCAGAUGGCAGCUGAGCUCAGCUGCUGGGCAUCCCUUCCAGGCUUUGUGGGGAGGGGCUGGGAUUAUACAUUUCUGACACUGGUAUGAAUUGCUGACAUCAUCUGGGCUAUUUAGACCUGAUCCAUCUGGGCUAACAGAUCAGUUCCUCAUGGUGGGAGAAUCUGAACAUCCUGGUCCAGUCCUCCUGGGAGAGAAGGACGAGAUGACAUUUCAACUAGAUGUGCAGAAGGGUUAUCGACUGGUUGAGGGAAGUAGGAUAUGAUGAGAGGCAACCUGAGGGACCAGGUCGUCAACUGAGGAGGUUUAGAAGAAAAUCUUACCUUAAUGGUAACAUCCUAUUUUCAUACCAAUUUAUAGCUUGUGAAGCACUUUUACAUAUUAUAGCAUUUGAUCUUCUCAAAAACUCUGUAAAAUAUAGCUGCUACUACUAGUAGCUCCAUUUUAUGGAUGAGUAAACUGAAGCUUAUAGAGGUUAAGUAAUUUACCUAAAGUCACAUGAUAAGUGAUGGUGUUAAUAUUCCAGUCCUGGAUUUCCAUUCUACUUUACUGCACCAGACUGUUGCUGAAUCAUAGACUACAGACAAGACAAGAGAGUCAUAUUUUGAGUGCUCUUGCGAAGAACUGGUCUCAAAGCAGGAAACACUGAGAAUGUUACUAGAUACGAAUAUGGAGGAAUCAGUGGGGUUUAAGUGUAGGUUAGGUUAGAUAUAUUGGCAUUUAUUUUUUUUUUAAGUCUCUCCAUGCUCCAAGUGUCUGGCAGUUCUGAGGGAGAUAGAUGGAUGAGUUCUGGAGAAUCUCUUCAGCCAACUCAUAAUGCUCAGAAUUCUUAUGGAAAACUGGAGCCUAGUCUGAAUAGAGUAAUUGUUAAGUUCUGCUCUGAAGGCCUUCAGAAUUUGUCAGACCUGGCCUGGAUUGUAGAAAAUCUUAACACUCAUUUUUUUGGAGAGUGGGAUAAUGUAACAAGGGUGUUAAUUAUUUAUAAAAAGCUUAAAUUUGGAUAACAGUUUCGCUUUUUUUUUUUAUC